CUUGCAACCUAACAACCUUCGUCGACUUUCCGUCAUUCUGGUCUUCAAACACCCUGCACAUCGCGCCCAUCCUUCCAUAUUGGUUGUUCAUUGCAGCGCCCUUGCUUCUCGACGACGACGCACCUCGACGUCAACCACACAUCACACAUAAACAGACAUGGCGCUGAAGCGUAUUAACAAGGAACUCGCCGACCUCGGCCGUGACCCGCCCUCGUCGUGUUCCGCGGGGCCGACUGGUGAGGAUCUCUUCCAAUGGCAGGCGACAAUCAUGGGUCCGGGUGACUCCCCAUAUGCCGGCGGCGUUUUCUUCCUUCAGAUCCAGUUCCCUACCGACUACCCGUUCAAGCCCCCAAAGGUCCAUUUCACGACCAGGAUCUACCACCCCAACAUCAACGCAAAUGGCAGCAUCUGCCUUGACAUCCUGCGUGACCAGUGGAGCCCCGCUUUGACCAUCUCGAAGGUGCUCCUCUCCAUCUGCUCGAUGUUGACCGACCCGAACCCCGACGAUCCGCUUGUUCCCGAGAUCGCUCACGUAUACAAGACCGAGAUUGCGAAGUAUGAGCAGACAGCCCGCGAGUGGACUCGGAAGUAUGCUGUCUAACGGUUGUAAACCGGGGGCUUUGCGUCGGUUCUGCCCGCGGGUCAAUCGUACUGGUCUGGGGCGCUCGGUGUAGUCCAAGGGCCGGCUCGGGUUCUACAUCCUGGGAUAAUCUGCCAUUUGGACUUCGCGGCGGGGACGGGGGCGGUUUCUGGGAGUUCUGAGAAGGGGCGAGGGAUAUCCACGGUACCAUUUAUCAUGCGGGAUUCAUUGGAGUGAUAUGGGAUUGGCAGAGGCACCACGGAUUGGCAGCAUCUCCCGAAUCAUUCAUACUGCAUCACCUAACCUGGGAACCGGAAGGGUUCGGUCACUGCACGCAACCCUCUUUGACUAUCGGUCGUCGCUUGGAGCCUGACGUGUGAUCCUACCUACUUACCUAGAUUGCAUAAACCGCACCGGGAGAAAAUCCAAUCAAUAAUACCUCAUACUCACAA